AAGAAUACAUUUUAAUAUCUUCAACAAUUCAACAAAAGAAAAGAAGUUCUUAGCACACGAUUAUUCUCAACUUUACAUGUAUAACCGUACCCUAUAUUCGUAUCUCGUAUCUAUACUGUGUAUAGGUACAACAAUUUAUACUUUUGAAAUGGAUGUACUAAAAUGAAAUAUGAAAAUAGCAAUUUCUAUUUUUGAAAAUUUUCCAACUAAAAUUUUAUAUUCUAAUUACCAUUAUUCUCCCACAAAUAAACGCACACCGUCGAUAUUUAAUCAUUUAUUUGUUAAAGGAAAACACACCGUCGAUAUUAUUGCCGAUGCUUACGACAUUGGAUAAUUCAACCAAAUUUGUUGUAUAUAAAUAUAAAUCGCUCAAUGGGGAAAGUUUAAUCUUUUUUUCCAAAUUUAUUCAUCCUCGAAUCUGAAGUUCGUUCUCUUCUCACACCCAUAGCUGAAGAGAUAGAGGGAAAAAGGAGUAGUUCUUCGAUUUAUAGAGCUCAAAGUUCGUCUGCUGUUCUUCGCAUGGCCCGGGUUUUUUCUCUUUCCCAGUCUUUCAUCUCCUCCAAGUUUCAAUUAUCGGUUUUGAUUCCGUCUUCCUUUACUCUCGGUCAUCGGAACCGCUCUACACGGUCCGGCAAGGUCAAAUUCAUCGAAAUUGAUCUCGAGUCUUCCUCUUUCGGGGCUGAUUCAGAGAUUCUUGCUAUUAGGAAGCUCGACGACUUUGUACAGAGGAUUAUUGUUGAGCGAUCCACUCCUGAUUGGCUUCCGUUUGUGCCCGGUUCGUCUUUUUGGGUUCCUCCACGCCGUAACAAACCACGCAGGGUUGUCGACCUAUUUGAUAAAUUGGUUGAACCGAUCGCUAAAGAGGACUCCCCUUCCCUUGCUAACGCCCGUGGUUGGCCCUGCUUAGAUUUUUUCGCCAAAGAAUCUAUCUCUGGACCAACUCGAUUAGCUCCAGUAGAUACCGAGUUGGAAACUUCAAACGAGUUGGAGAUUGACGUGCAGACACCAACAAGUAAAGAUAACUCAAAUCAGCCAGAGGAUUGAGAAAGAAGAAUCUCAUACCUCAUCCACUAACGGAGUUGGUUGGGAGCGUUAGAUGGCUGUCAGAGAUUUGAGAGACCGAACGGGGUGGAAAGUGAUGGUGAUGAGAGGUCGGAGAGAAAUAGGGUGCUCUACAGACAGUUCCAGUUUGGAUGCUGUGGUAUUCACUUCCAUUUGCUUCGUCUAAACUGCCCUGUCUACUUGAAGCCCACUCUGCACCCCUUCCCCCAAACUAAUGGUUGUUUAUGCUUCGUUGUCCUGGGACAAAAUUCACCAGCUUGUUAUUUAAAUGAGGUGAAUUAUCAAGUUGUCAACCACUGUUCUGUCAAAUCUAUGCACAGUUCAAUAAAAGAAAUCUCCCUUGUGUCUGUGUAAAGUAACUGAUAAAUCGUUCUCCAUUUCAAGUGGUUGAAGAUCAAUCUAAGCUCGUAGUUGCAAUA